AUGUUUUGGCACAUAGAUAUUGCAUCCUGUUGUUAUUCAUCCUGUUGUUAUUCAUCCUGUUGUUAUUCAUCCUGUUGUUAUUCAUCCUGUUGUUAUUCAUCCUGUUGUUAUUCAUCCUGUUGUUAUUCAUCCUGUUGUUAUUCAUCCUGUUGUUAUUCAUCCUGUUGUUAUUCAUCCUGUUGUUAUUCAUCCUGUUGUUAUUCAUCCUGUUGUUAUUCAUCCUGUUGUUAUUCAUCCUGUUGUUAUUCAUCCUGUUGUUAUUCAUCCUGUUGUUAUUCAUCCUGUUGUUAUUCAUCCUGUUGUUAUUCAUCCUGUUGUUAUUCAUCCUGUUGUUAUUCAUCCUGUUGUUAUUCAUCCUGUUGUUAUUCAUCCUGUUGUUAUUCAUCCUGUUGUUAUUCAUCCUGUUGUUAUUCAUCCUGUUGUUAUUCAUCCUGUUGUUAUUCAUCCUGUUGUUAUUCUGUGUUUUUACUGUUGUUUUUUUAUUUCUUUACGUACCUAAUACCUAUUUUCUUUCAUUUACAAAUGGCACUGUUGGUUAGGGCCUGUAAGGAAGCAUUUCACCUGUUGUAUUCGGGGCACGUGACAAAUAAACUUUGAUUUGAUCACUUCUUUCACUGUACAAAGACAAAAGAGAUGAAAAACCUUGCUUCGGAUAUUCUGUCGUUCAAGUGAACCGAAACUGUCAGGAGCAGACAAAUAUGCCCGCCUCUCCAGUUGGUAGCUCGUUCAGGAAAAUCCAAGGCUUUGCUGCGGCCUACUUUAGCAAUCUUCCGUUCAGUCAUUAUUAACGUUCAGAAGAGCAAAGAGAUAUGAAACUAUGUAAACAGUACUUCGUAAAGUGACAUUAAUUAAACAAUAUAUUAAACUGCUCUAUAUUAAAUCACAUUUGUCACAACUUGGCGGACCUCUGGGAAACGUGCUACGGCAUUCGUGCCCCCGGAAAUCCCCGACAUGGUCUUGUUAGGUGCCUUAAUGCUGAUGUGUGUGUGUGUGUGUGUGUGUGUGUGUGUGUGUGUGUGUGUGUGUGUGUGUGUGUGUGUGUGUGUGUGUGUGUGUGUGUGUGUGUGUGUGUGUGUGUGUCUGUC